AAACGGAUCAAACUUAAAGGAAAAAAUCUCAACUUUUACUCGCUGAUUUGUGAACAGCAUCCAGGGAUCCCCUUUCAAAGCCGUGUUUGCUGGAGGGCAAGCCUGGGCUGCUUGGACUGGCAUUGUUCUGAAGGGUGGCGAUUUGAGGGCAACAGAUUUACUUGGUGCUUCCUUAGCAUCUCUUUUUGCAUGCCGUGGAGGAGGGUCCCAGUUCGGGAGUUACAUGCGUAUUAUUAGGUGUCCUUUUUUCACAAAAAGCAGUUCAUGUUACUCCGCUUGGUGUAUUCUGCCUACUUGUCUGUGCGUCUCAAACGAUAUCGCUUGUAACUCUAACCCAGACGUGCUCAUCGAGCGCAGCCAUUGCGCAGCCUUGUUUAAUUGCUGUUAUUUAUUUUGCCUUCAUUUACCGUGUCAGCCUGCGGGGGGGAACACGCUCAGAUUUCGAGUGCAUUUUUACGUGCUAGGUGUGUCUCUGCGCUUCCAGGUGUGUGCGGUUUCGCUUAAAACUCAUCCCGCCGCCGUGUGACAUCGCUGUAAAUGUGCCGGGAGGGGAAACAAAGACAUUAGAGAGCGACACAAGUGUUUGUGCAUCAUCUGUUUGACUUCUCUGCCGUUGCAAUGCUGAGCCAGAUGCAUGCCCGGUGCGCCUUCUUCUAAAUAGCAUAUGUACGUUUUAGGCAAGUACAAAGCAAUUGAAGCCGAGGGUGAUGGGGAGGGGAAAAAAACCCAAAGAACCAACCCGUACUGUAAACUGACCUGCAACUUUUCAGUUGUAUACUUUAACUGCACGCUGAUUUCUGUUUUAGCAGUCUUCGUCACGGAUCGAGGCAAGUUUGUGUGCACAAUUGGGCUUGCAAAUUGCUAAUCUCGCACUGACUUUGCCUCUCAGUUCCCAGCUGGGCAUGGUUACCUUGAAAGCUGUGGUAUCAGCACUGUCAGAGCAUGCUCCGGUGGGGAGAUCGGGUGUGUUCUAUUUUUAAUACUAUUUAAUGAAGAUGCUUCUCACUCUGCAAUAUAUGAAGCAUAAUGGAAGAGCAGAGCGAUGAUUGGUUAUGGAUACUGGAAAAGGAAAAAUGCGAAGGUUGACUAUGGUGCAUCAAGCUCUCUGAAGGACCAGAAUGGAGAUUGGCCCUCUGAACUGUUAAUGGGGACAUGGGACUCACGUUGUCGUUGAUAAUUUGUUUGGACUUAACCAGCAAAGAGCAACAGAAGACACGAGAAAGACAGUGGGAAUUAUAGCAGUUUUUCAGGUCACCAAAUCUUGUUAUUUUAAUUUCUGUCUGGAAGAAUGUCUGAGCAAGGUAAAUUGAACCAGGAGACAGCAGAGGAAGCUGCAAAAGAGCAGGAGACUGCCAUCUCCGAAGCCAAUCCAGACAACUGUAUUCUUAAUAAAUCUGAAAGCUCAGAAGUAGAGGAGAAGGAGGAGAAGCUCAGCGAUUCCAAGACAGAGCAGCAGAAACGAGGUGCAAAUCAGCAGAAAAAGAGAUCUAAGUCAGGAGCUAAAGGAAAACUUGUCCGGAGUCUUGCUGUGUGUGAGGAGUCGUCCCCUCGUCAGGGAGCAGAAAAUCUUCAUGAUAAUCAGGAAUCAAUCCAACUACAGCUUUCCAGUUUUCCUAGCUUGCAAGAAGAAGAUAAAUAUAAUAAAGAUGACUCCGAGAAAGAAAAAGAGAAGGAUAAAAAUAAAGAUAAAAACAGUGAAAAAAACAAGAUCAGAAUGUUAUCAAAAGAUUGCAGUCAAGAGUAUACAGAUUCAACAGGCAUAGAUUUGCAUGAGUUUCUCAUUAACACAUUAAAGAAUAACCCCAGGGACAGAAUGAUACUCUUGAAAAUGGAACAGGAAAUUAUUGAUUUUAUUAGUGACAACAAUAAUCACUAUAAAAAGUUCCCUCAGAUGUCUUCGUAUCAGAGGAUGCUAGUGCACAGAGUGGCAGCUUACUUUGGAAUGGAUCACAAUGUGGAUCAGACUGGAAAAUCUGUAAUUAUCAACAAGACCAGCAAUACAAGAAUACCAGAGCAAAGGUUUUCUGAACAUUUAAAAGAUGAAAAAGGUGAAGAAUCCCAGAAGCGAUUUAUCUUGAAGCGAGAUAACUCUAGUAUUGAUAAAGAAGACAAUCAGCAAAACAGAAUUCUUCCAUUUAGAGAUGACAGACGAAGUAAAUCAAUUGAAGAGAGAGAAGAGGAGUAUCAGAGAGUGAGGGAGAGAAUAUUUGCACAAGAUUCAGUUUGCUCCCAGGAAAACCUUUUUGUGGAAAACAGUAGGCUGUUGGAAGACAGUAGCAUAUGCAAUGAUACCCAUAAGAAAAGACAGCUGUUUAGGGGUAAUAGAGACAGCAUCGGGAAGACAUCUGGCAGUCGACAGAGCAGUACAGAGAAUGAAUUAAAGUGGACAGACCACCAGAGGCCAUGGAGCAGCACAGACUCGGACAGCUCAAAUCGAAAUUUGAAGCCAGCCAUAACAAAGACAGCCAGCUUUGGUGGGAUAACCGUCCUGACAAGAGGAGAUAGCUCAUCAAGUAACAGAAGUACCGGCAAACUGUCUAAAACAGGUAGCUCAGAGUCUUCCAGCAGUGCUGGCUCCUCAGGAUCACUGUCACGAAUACAUCAGCCUCUCCAAAGUGCAUCUCUUGUCCCUGGGGUAACAGUCAGCUCUACAGGCAGUGUGUCCUACCCUGAGAGCGGGAUGAGUGGCCAGGUGGCCCCCAGCAACACCAGCUAUAUCAUUCUUCCACUUGAAGCUGCAGGGAUACCGCCUGGAAGUAUCCUUCUCAACCCACACACAGGUCAACCGUUUGUAAAUCCUGAUGGGACACCGGCAAUAUACAAUCCUCCCAGUGGCCAGCAGACGAUGAGGAGCCAGAUGGUGGGACAGUCUCAGCAGCAGCCUUCAUCCCAGCAGCCUCAGCAGGUUCAACAACCACAGCAACAAAUGGCAAGUCACCUUGUCACACAGCCUGUUCAGACAAUGCAGCCAUCUUCUCAGUCAGUCCAAUAUCCAGCAGUUUCUUAUCCUCCCCAGCAUCUCCUGCCAGUCUCUCCAACGCAGCAGUUUUCUGUGCGAGAUGACAUGACAGCACAGUUUAGCCAGAUGAGCUUAAGUCGUCAAUCAUCAGGAGACAACCCUGAAUCGCCUUCUGGUCCUGUCUACCCAUCGCCUCUCUUGCAGCAGCCUGCCCAGCAGACAAGUUACAUUAUGGCUUCCCCAAGUCAACAGCUUCCCCCGGGAAGCUUUACAGGUUCAGGUCCACCAGUAUCCCAGCAAGUGCUGCAGCCACCACCACCACCCCAAGGCUUUGUGCAACAACCGCCACCACCUGCUCAGAUGCCAGUGUAUUACUACCCAUCUGGUCAGUACCCUACCUCAACAACUCAGCAGUACAGACCCAUUGCCUCAGUUCAGUACAAUGCACAGCGGAGUCAACAGAUCCCACAGACUGCACAGCAAGCAGGUUACCAGUCUGUCCUGCCAAACCAGCAGCAGGGUUUCCAGGGUCUCAUGGGAAUGCAGCAGCCGCCCCAAAGCCAGAACCUGAUGAAUAAUCAACAGGGAAAUCAGGUGCAAGGCAUGAUGGUGCAGUAUCCAGCCAUGUCGUCUUAUCAGGUGCCAAUGACCCAGGGUUCUCAAGGAUUGCCACAACAAUCAUAUCAACAACCGAUCAUGCUACCUAAUCAAUCAGGUCAAGGAACACUUACAGCCACUGGAAUGCCUGUCUACUGUAAUGUCAUACCUCCUGCCCCACAGAACAACCUACGGUUGAUUGCCCCACACUGCCCCUCCAAUAACGUUCCAGUUAUUUCUGCCAGCUGCAGGACAAACUGUACGAGCAUCAACAAUGCAGGGUGGCAGGUCAAGUACUGACACUGUGGCUUAGAGUGGAUAUAUGAGGAUAGCGGUGCAUUAUUUGACAAAUAAAUCAUGGCCUUCAAAUGAAGAGGAACACAACAGGAUAAACAGUUGAGGGCAUAAGUACUGACUAUGCUCAAGUGAUUUGCUGCUGGAAAAAUCUGUAAAAAAAAAUAAAAGUAAAAUAAAUUUUGAAAAAAAAAAAAUGUUUGCUGGUUAAUGGUGCAUAUUUUUGUCAUGUCUGCUAGGUAUGCCUUUAUAGCUUAGCUAGUGACAUGAAUUCAUUGAGGUAAGAUUUUUUCCUACCACUGAACACCACUGUGUAGAUUGUAAUAUCCCCGAUUCGGAUUAGUUUUGUACUUUGUGUUGACUUUGUGAAGCUAAAAGUAUUUAAAAAUAUGAUAAAAAUCACAUUGUACCAAAGCUGUAAUGGAAAUGAAAAAAAAAAAAAAAAGAAAACAAAAAGAGAAUUACUGAAUGGAAGGAAUAAUUUAUAUACACUAUAGAGUUUUUUAUGGAUAUAUACUGUAUUGUAGUGCUUAAUCACAAUAAAGCUAUUUGACCUCAUGGAGGAAGGUCAUGUUUCUACCA